AACUAAUUUGUCCUCUUCAUCCUUGAAAACUGAACGCGUGUGCUGCACAUUACCUGGUCAGCUUCAAGUUCUUAUCAAUGGCAUCAUCCGAUAAAGUCAAAAGUCACAAGAGACUGAGGGACUUUUCUGCUGAUGAAGUGGUUGAUCAUCGAAGAAAAGAAGACCUGUAUCUAGUUAUCCAUGGCAAGGUGUACGAUGUCACAAGCUUUGUUGACCAACACCCAGGAGGCCAAGAAGUCCUCGUCGAUCAAGGAGGCGUCGAUGCCACAGAAGCAUUCGAAGAAGUCGGGCAUAGCGAAGACGCACGAGAACAACUCGCCGAACUCAUAGUCGGUAACCUGAGUCGACAGACUGGAGACGAGAAGCUGUUGGCAUCAUCUGGAAGUGCCUACAAAAUCUAUCAUAAGGAACCUCAGAUCAGCGCCUUGCCAACUUGGAUCAAAACAAUGCUUGUAUUGAUUGUGGCCAUUACGGUCUUUUUUGGUUGGCACUUCCUGCUGCCUUGA